AUGGGCCCGUUCCUCAAGCAGACAGCCAUCUGGCCUAUACUGAGUGCGCGCUGUGCAGCCUUGAACGAGAACCUCAGGCCAUCUCCUAGUAGUCUUUGGUGUUGGAUCACCGGGCAGAAGUCCCUCAACCCGGCCACUUCGCCUGUGACGGGCGAGGUGUCAUCACUGGGAGCAACUGCGAUGCCCACGCAGAGUGGAGUCCUUUGCAUAAAGAUGCAACAGCUCUUGGUGCGAGACCAAAUCUCCUCCCGCCCUACCAAAAGCUCCAAUAUUUCGACUAGCCGCAUGAGGACCUUGAAAGGCAAGUUUAACCACCAGUAUAUUGACUGCUUGACUGUGCGAGGCUAUACCGACACUGUCAGUUUGGCGUUCUUGAUUUUCAGUCUAUUUCUGCAUCCCUCCUGUUAUCAUCCCGUUAUCAAUCCGACUCUUCAGGAUGCCGGUUUUCUCUUUUAUCUCCAAGGCAGUGGACUAAAACUCUCGCUGCCCGUAUUGCAGACACAGCAUCUUAUCCCAAGGAAAGAUGACCUGAUCACACGGCUUGCACAUCUUUUGGGACUUCAUUGGCCGUUCGAUUUUUCACACGUUGAAGAUGCCAUCUCUUGUCAUGGUACCACUGACAUCCUGGUCCACAUCACUGAGGUGGUAUUCUACCUCUACGCGGAUGCUGUGAGGCAUGAAGCAACCUCGAAUGUCCUAGGCGUCUGCACUGAAAUCCUCGAUCUGAUGCUUGAAAUUAUUCCCGUCCACCUUCCCCAACUGCGGUGCUAA